ACUCAGCUCUAUUUAUUCGUUCCACAACCUUUAAAUUUUGUUUGUGUUCUUAAGCCACCAGCAUGAUAUCAAGCUGAAACGACGAUACAUAAAACUUCAUUGUUUCAUUGUUUGUUCUCGUUGGCCUACGGGUUGUUCGAUUCGUUUACCUAUCAAAAGGAAAAAACAAUUUUAAAAGUAAACCGCAACUAUCGUGUUUCCUAUUUUUUAGUGCAAGUAUGUAUGGUUUUUUCCCUAUCACAACUAUGCUAUGUAUUAUGCUAGUGCAGCUAUCACCUUCGUGUGUCGCUGUGCAUUUUGUUGGGAACGCUUGGUCGAUACUGUAUGUCAAACCUGCUGCCUAUUGCUUCGCUUGCUGUCUUAUCAAUGACACACAAUGAUAAGCGAAGGGGUAAAAGAUUUUUAAUGUUUUCUAUUACCACCUAGCUUGCCUGUCUUGCCGCGUGUUUGUUACUACGUAGAAACAAUCCACAAUGACCCCAUCUCCCUCAAACGACGUCAGUUCGAAAGUCGUUUAGUUGCGUUUUCUGUUCCACAAUAGGGGGGAGGGCAUCGUUCUAUUGCGCGCUGUCGGACAAUUGGCUACGGCAAUACAUUAUUAGCACAAUAAAGGAAACAUAAUCUCACUCGAUCGUUGGCGAGCAGUAUUUAAAUCGAGUUUCACUGCAUCUCGUUUGCAUCCUUUACGCAAGCGCCCCCGUUGCCGCUGAAUGCUGCUGAACCGUAUCGCGUCCCGAAUCGGGGAUCCAUUGUUUUGCUGUGGAGCAUCUCUGCCCUUCCCAUUGUGUAUGUGGCGUACCGGGGAGGGCCAUUGUUGUAUGUGUACUCGGUGAGUGGGAUGGCGAGAAACCGUCUGCCAUUUCUCAAGAGGCGUCUUUUAAACGGGCCGGCCGAACGAUUAGUGUGGGCGGUUUGAUUGUUUUUGCUUUGAUUUUUGCCUCCAUUUGCCUUUCACCUCUCACAUGUUUAUUUUGGGGGUGGGGGUUGUUUGUGGCAUAGAUAUCGCACUCAAACAAACUUUUCAUACACAAUUAGGCAAAGUAGGUACUGAAUAUGCGAGCUAUUACUAUCCAACUAUUUGAAUGGAUUUUCAAUGGUUCGGGGCCACUUAGUAGACCAAAAUAGCCCCAAAAAUAAUAUUUAUAUUAAAGAAUGGCUGGUAAACAAAUAAAAAAGUAUUGAAUAAAACAUUCUUUUUGUUUAUUUUUAUAAAAUUUUAGGAUUUAACUUAUUUUAUUCGUUCUGUGAAAUUUUAGUGAUAGUUUUCCUGUGGAUUCUUGGCUGCAAAACAGAACAAUAUUUUUAUUAAACAUUUGGUUUGCUAAAGUACUAAAAAAAUUUAAACAAUGUUUGAAAAAUAGUUUCCUUUAACAUUUGUGGAAAUUGUAAUCGAAUUAGUGAUGGGCGGGUCGACCCAAACUUACCGGAUCGGAACCAUCCAUAAGCGACCCGAACCGGUUCGGUAGGUGCAAGCUACCAUAAGCGACUCCUAGCAUUCGGUGCAGCGAGUUCGGGUCGGACUGGAGUCGAAAUGGGUUCAGUAGGUUCAGUAGGUGCAACGAUUCCGGUACGUUCAAGCUGCCAUAAGCGACUCCGGCCCGUUGGUGCAGAGAGUUCGGGUCGGUCUCGGGUCAAAGUAGAUUCAGUAGGUUCAGUAGGUGUAACGAUUCCGGUAGGUGCAAAAUGUCAUAAGAGAGUGCGACCCGUUGAACUAGCAUGGAAUAGUUGUACAUUUCCCCCUACUCCCACUUUUGCAUUACAUUUCCGUUCUAAUUAAAAAACCACAUCACGAGAGCACCCCCCUCCCCAUUUAAUCGAUUCAUUUUCAUUUUCCAUUAGGACAAUUAACAUACCAGUUCCGUUCCGUUCUUUUUGAAAAACAAUCCAGCUCCGUUCCUUUCCAAUUUUGUCCAAUUUUCCCAUCACUACAAGCUACCAUAAGCGACUUCAACCCGUUGCUGCAGAGAGUCAGAGUCGAUUCCGAUUCUGCUGCAUCCGACUCUUGGUCGAGCCAUGCAAUGAAUCGUAUGACCGACCACUAGUUCGAACCUAUGCUGUGUGUGUGUUUUUUGGCUGAUAACGAUCUUUAUUUGAAGAAUUUUCAAUUUACAUCUUUGCAUCUUGUAAUUUCAAUCGCACUACAAUUUUUGUCUUAUUUCGAUACUAAAAUAAAGGCAACUGUUUUCGAUUAAUAUUCCGCCCCAACAUUUACGCUUAUCAAUUUAAUCGCUCCGAACGAGAAGGGCUGAUAGUUUGCCCUUUUUGGUAAUGUUCCUCCAAUAGUCUAUUGUUUUCUAACUGCUGGGUCUCGUCACGUCGCAUUGUAUAUGAGGUAUUAAAAGCAUAUCGAGUCAAACGGUGUACUUCACCGUCAUUUAGAGCAAUGAACCAUGGGCGUCCGUCACGAUUUCGGUACCGAAUAAUUUCAUCGAAUUGGUAGGAGGUCAUUUCCAUCCCGUCCAGGUGUGGAAGAGAGAAAGACAGGGAGACUUAUGCUCGAAGACGACGGGUGAAAGAGGCCCACGAUGCCAAAUCACGGUCAACGGCGAAUCGUAAAGUCAUUAUACGGCCAUGGUAUGGGAAGAGCUUGAUGUGGCGGAUCCCUUCGCGCUUCUAAUCGAUACUUUCAUGGACGACGAUGCAGCAAAAAUGAGCUAUUGUUUGAUGUGUUUGAACUUCGAAUCCAGGGUGAUAUGUGACGCACUGUACAGCAAAGAAAAUGAUAUCUUCAGAUGCUUUUAGAAACAUUAUUUUACCUAAAUGAUUGUAAUAAAAAGAAUACAUAAAAGUAGUCGCUAUAAUGCUUGAAAUAAUCCGUUAAACCGUUAAAGUGAUCAAAAAUUUCCUUUUUGCAUUGGUCGCGCGAUAAGUAGAGGGGAAACCACGGUUUGCCAACUUAUACGGUGGCACGUUGCCAAUAAACGUUUGAAAAGAGUUCACACCUUUUUUUGUUGUUGCCUUACCCUGCGGGCUUUGACCGCGACUUGCAACGCGACGACAUCUCGACCACCGUUUCACCUUUUCCAGCGGUUCGUCGUGACUGGCGCACCGGCGACCAGACAGAUCGCCAGCGGAUUGCGGCCGCCGAUGAAACGAGGGUGAAAAUCCGAACGAAAGGUUUAAACCACACACCGCACGAAACCAAUCUAUUUUGGACCAGUUUCGGUUCGGCGAAAGGAUUGCAGCGGCCGCCCGAUAGUUCAUCCUCCCGGCACCUUUACCCCGUUGGUUUGGCUAGUGAAUGUGGGGAUUGGCCAUCGUAACGAAUCCGGUUUGGUUGGUUUUCGGAUCGCAUUGAACAGCCAUCGUGCCGCGGUAGUGUGGCCCUGCUGUGCAUCAUCAUGGACCGGCGUAGAUUCGAAAGGCACGAGCGACAUGGAUUGCUGCUGCUCUCCGACGGUGCGGUGUGUGUUGGCGGUUUGAGGGACCAUGCAGGUUGGAAGCCGUUCGCGCUUCGAUUUGGCUUUUUUUUUCUCUCUCUCGAGAUUUGGCUUGAACACCACCAAUCACCACCGGCAAGAAAGGAUGAUGGGUGCUUACGAUCGCCCAUCACGGAUUGUAUUGAGGACAUUGGGUGAUACUUUAGCGAUUAGCGACAGCAAGAGUAGGGGCCGUAAAGCCAAAGAAAUGUCUAACGAUCGUGCAGUGCAUGUUUCGGAUUGGGCAUCGGUUUCUAUAAUGGAACGGUCAGGAGUGACUGCAACAGUGAUUUGAUUUGUUGCAACGUUAUGAAGCGAGUUUGAAAGUACAAGAACUGUGCAGUCAGAUUAGAUAGAGUAGUAUACACCAUUGAGCUGAAGGAAAAAAAAGAAACAGUUCAGUGACCGGAUCGGUGGUUCGAGUUUGAGCAAACAUUUUCUUUUCGUUGUUUUGUCGACAAAUUACGGGGUGGGGGUGGGUUGAAGGGUUCGAUGUAACAACAGCUGCACUAUUUAUUAUUUCCUUAUCAAUCAAAUACAACGAGCGAAUUGAUAACGGAUUGGGGAGGAAAGAAAGGUGAGUUUGCUCUUUUCAAGUGGAAUAUGUAACUAUUGAUAAAUUUCCGUGAUCCAUAGCGAAUUUUGUUGAUGGAAGUUCGUUUUAUCAAUAAUUUUGUUGUAAUACAAAAAAUAAUAGAUUAUUAUCGGUUUGAUAAAACAAUCGUAAAUAUGUUAUAAGUAGUAAGAAAUAAUUUUCAUUUGAAAUAUAUGCGCAAAAUCAUCUAUUUUUUCUACAUUCUUGUGUUUUUAAGUUUAAAUAGAAAUUAAUUUGAAUUUUCUAUUCUUAUAUUUAAUAUUUUUUCAUGUUCUUCUUUGUUGAAGAACAAAGGCCGUGAACAUUUUUUCUUAAAUUGAUAUGAUUUAUUUUAUCUUAUGUUUUAAGUCUACACAUUCGACAAUAUUGGAAAAAUUUAAUUUUUAUUGAAAGGUAAAAAAUCGAUCAUUUCUCGUCUAUCCAGCUCAAUAUCAACAUAUUUAUUCCAGGCACAAUAAUGCUUAACAUGGAUAUAACAAGUAUUUUGUAGCUAAUGAGCAAAAACUUCAGAACAUGUUAAACGACCAAAAAACCAUUUAAUUUAAUGACGUGGUCAUAAAAGCUUAUUGAUCUACAGCGCUUCUAGUGAGUAGUUAGUGAGAUAUAUGACAAGAAAUCAUGGAAAUCAAAUGGGGUUGGAUGGUCAAGUGAUACAAAAAAAAAUAUUGAAAUUUACAUCAAUUGAAUUAAAUAUUACCAUGAAAUAUUCAACAUAAUCGUCACGGGUUAGCUACACCUUGUGCAGCUAAGUUCAAUAUCGCAUUAUAAAGUAUUCAGUGUAAAUUAGGUGACCAAUAGAUCAAACGGAUCGAUGCACCGAUUGAACUGAGUGUUAGUUCUUUGAGGACAUUUUCCGUUGCACUUCUCACGUGUAUCGACAUGGCAAAGUUUCUCUUUUGGAAGACGAAAGUGGACAAAAUCUUCAUCACGCGGGAAGAAAAGCUCAAAAAGCUGCUUCCUUCGCUGCGUAUGAUUUUUUUCAUCUUUGGGAUCUUCUGCGCCUGGCCUGAUGUGAACAUGGAAAAGAAUGCUCUCUGGUGGUAUCGUUUAAAGGGUAUUCUAUUCCGUAUCUUCUUUAUCUAUCUCGGCACCGCAUCGCAGAUCGUUUACAACUUCACCGUGACUACUCGUGAGGAACUUUUUGGCGGAAUGUUUGUACUCCUGACCCAACUGGUGUUGAUACUAAAGAUGGAAUUCUUCUACAAAAAUGUGUCCAAAAUACAAACGCUUGUCCGUAGGUUGGAGGGCGAGCUAUAUCUGCCUAGAAGUGGCGAAGAACUUGUACCACUGAAACGGGCGCGUAGAAAGACAACCAUUUGCUGGAUUCUGUACUUUAUCUUCUCCGAUGCUUUGGUUACAAAGUGGUUCGUACUAUCUUGCGUCUACACUAUCAUGUUAGUACCAGCGUGGCCCUUUGUAGAUGAAACCUCACCGUACUUUCUGUUUUUAAUGAUGAUCGCCUAUCAAUACUUUGCCCUGCUUUUCAAUUCUUCGUUUAACAUCGCGUGGGAUUCGCUGGUAAUAGCACUGCUUGCCCUAACGAAUGCUCACCUCCAUCGAUUGCAGAUACAGCUCAUGAAGGUAGGGCAUCGAAAAGUAAAGGAACAGAUCGAUAAUAAAAGCGUCAUGAUCGUGCAAACGGUAACUAAAGAAAAACAUUCUAAUGAUGAAAUUUUCAACGAACUCCUUCAAUGUAUCGUCUUUCAUCAGGAAGUCACUGGGUUGCUUCGAGACGUACUAAAAUUGUUCAGUGGACCAAUGCUGGCCCAACUAUGUUGCUCCGUACUGAUCCUAUGUAUUACUGAGUUCCGUCUGCUAACAGACGUAUCCACAACGGCAGAUACCAUAAAGGCGCUAUGUUACUUAAUAUGCAUUAUCAUACAGGUCGUGCAAUAUUGUUACUUUGGAAAUGAAAUUAACUAUAUGUCUAAAAAGGUACACCAAGCGACUGGAUUUAUGAACUACCCGGAUAUGGACAUCAAAACAAGAAAGCUGCUGAUAGCUUUCCAACAAUUAACCGCAAAAGGAAUACAGUGUAGUGCAAAAAAGGUUUUUACAAUCGAACUUAGUAUGGCAACCUUCGUGACGGUAAGCAGUAUUGAUGGUGACAUUAUGUUUAAUAUUUGUUUGAUUAUUUGUUUCUGUUUUAGAUUUUAAAAACAUCCUACUCAUAUCUGGCCGUUCUACGAUCGAUGACGGAUUAGAUACGAUUGGAUGAGCUGCGCUAAUGGCAUUCCAAUUACGAGAUUACAAAAACCUAAUACACUUUGCGCUUAUUGCAUGUAGUUUGAGAAAAAGAAAUGUAGUAAGUAGAAUGCUUGACUGGAAAACAUAUUCCAAAUAAAUAAUAUUAGCACCUUGCUGCUUGUGAUCGCACGCCGAAGCAAAAUUGAUGAGUUCUGUUUCUUAUUAAAAAAUGUCGUUUGACCAUGUGUAGGUUGUAAAAGGUGAAAAUGUAGGUAUUCAAACUCUUCUCAAUACCAUAGGGAGGUCUAAAUAUCGAUUAAACUUAAAACGUACCGAGUCUGUUGCGCCAUUGCUAAAUGGACAUCUACUCAUUUGAAUACAUUUACUUAGCGGUGCAAAUUUCGUGCAUGGCAGUUUCGUAACACUGCAAUUACGUCCCCUCAGCCCGUGAGAUUAGGGAAAAUAGCAGACCCGAAAGAGAGAUUGUAUGCGCAACUAGAAACUGCAACCAUGGUGCGUAUUAUCUCUCCGGGAAGCGUUUGUACUUCGGAUGGAAAAGCUGCAUACAUGCAGCACUCUGCUCACACUCAUACAUGCACCGUCACAGACGCUGACCCGGUUUGUCAAUCCCGCACCCCCUAUGUUUUCACUCCCCCACCCCCCAACGGGGGUUGGGGUGGGAGAGUGGUAAUGAGCGUCCGUAAUUUUGCACCACAAUUGCAAUCGCCUCCUAAUUCGCCAACCAAAUCGGAUGUUUGUGUAUACGUGUGAUCGCGAAAAAGAGUGGCUGGUUUUUCGUGGGUUUUUCGAAAGAAGAAAAUAACGCCAACAUGAGGGAGGGCCACAAUCGACAAAACCCAAGGCAAGAGGGGGCACGGUUGGUUGAGUGGUUAGACAGGACCGUUUGCGAUAAAUUAACUUGAUUGCGGUAGGUACUGGAUUGCACACUCACCCACCGUAGCCGCCAGAUGGUCGAUAAGCGCACCGCCGACUGACGAUCCCAUUUACCCGAUGGCUGUUGCGCGCAUGGAAAGUGAAAUUAUUCAGCUUCUCAAAAAUUGCCAAAUGCCGACCGAAUCGGAAACGGAAACCGAACCGGUCGCGGCGAAAGGGCUUUCCGAUCGCGUAGUGGGUGUCGGAUUCAGACCUUCCGUCCGAUUGCGGUCAGCUUUCCAAAGGGCCGUUGACAUGGAAAGCUUUACCGCAGCUUUACACAGCCUGUGAUGAGGAUAUAUAAAACGGCAACAAGUCGUGAAUGUGAGUGGAGAAAGCAACACAGAUUGCAUAACAUAAUAUCUAAUGCAUUUCAUGAGCCAGUUCACUAUGUUUGAAUGUAGCUUUACAGGGUUUUGACAUUGUUUUUUUUUUCUAAUUUAGUUUUUUUGGGAAUGUUAAGUAUUUGUAUAUUUUAAUUGUAAUAAACAAUUUUGUGCUUUUUUCACUUCUGUAAACUGCUGUGUUUCGUUUUAGUUUCAAUUUUUAUCACUAAUGAUUUAUUCAUUUAUGAUAUUUUGUAUAUGUUUUAUUCCUUUUCUAAUUUAAAUUAGAGAAUUUAAUUUUUUUAUUUAUUAGUAUUUUCUUUUAUUUUUUUUAGUUGGUUACAACAAUUUACAAACAUUAAUAAUUUUCUGCUUAUCUAAGUUUUUUUGUACUAAACAAAGCUUUUUUAAAGUUUUUUUUAUAUGUUAGCUUGUUCCACCAACUCUAUUAGUUUAAAAUGGUAGUGUAAAGAUUCAAUACGAGAUAUAAAAAUCAUAAAUUACACAAACGUUCUAACCGUUUCUUAAAGUUGAAGAUAUUUAAACAACCAUAAACAAUACAUUUAAAUUUCAUAAUUUUCGAUAGACAAGUUGUCUAAUUAAAAUAAAAAGAAAUAAAAUAGCUAUGUUUGGAAAGGUGUACGUGCCUUAACUGAAGCCCGAUUUUUGUGCAUACUUAUCGAACAUUUAUAAUGUAUGAAGCAAAAAAGAAAUAGUCGACGAAUAAACCAUUUUGUUUUGAAGUGUAUGUGUAUCAAUCACAGGUCUACAAGUGUUUUAUAUAACCACAAAUCCACAUCAGGAUCAAUCCGCAUUGCCAACCGAUUACGGCGUGAUAAUAGUUGACUGCUGUCGUGUCUCAGAACAAUGAAAAAAAAAGGCUGCGGUACAAGUAAAUAAUCUGUCCCAACGACGUACGGGUCGCGAACGUGACCCAUGUUGUAUGAUGAUGCGGUGGUGUACGCGGGAGUCGAUUUGCUCGAGUUGCAUGCUAGUCCGGCAUGUGCUUAUCGAACUUAUCGCCAUUUUUCUAUACAUUGUUAUGCCGCACGAUCAGUGAUAAUCGCGGAUCGCUAGGGGGGAUAUAUGCACGUUCCUCGGACGAUCACAGCCAGUUGGAAUAGAGGACGGGAUAGAAUGCAGAAAUAGUUUUAUUUAAUGAUAUAAACACACAAUAGUGGCGAUUCAAUACCGACUUGAUACCGACUUGUAGGGUAUUUACUGUGCAAUGGAUGCUGCUGGCGUUUGAAAAUUAAACAAAAUAACAUGCAAUAGUUGUUAUUACCAGCUAAUAAAAAUAUAAUAAAUUAAUAAAUUUCAAUAUUGUUUGACGACCUAAUAAAUAAUGUUUAAAAAUAUGUUUACUAACACCAUCAUAUACCUCAGCUGUGGUACAGUUUAAUUAUUAAAGAUGCGCUUGGAAUAAAAUAUAUAAACACAGGAACACAACAUAACUAACCAUAUGAUGAAGAGAAUCAGACCCUAAACAUUAAACGAAUUUUAAAAACAAAACAACAGACUAGACAGCAAAGCCACAUAGAAUGCACCAUGCCCAGGAAGAUCAAAGCAAUUUCGGUGACGGGGAACGAACGAAAUAAAAAACCUGACACAUUAAUACGUUCAAAUGGUAGAGCAUAACAUACAUAAAACAUAGCUGGGAUACCGGCCCACAAAACUCGUCGCCAUGUUGUGAAUGUUGCAGUGGAACAACCAGUCAGUUGAUCAACCGUACAACCGAAGAACAAGCAAAAGGAAGCAAACAUAAAUAAAGGAGAACCGGAAAAUGUAAUCGUUUCCUUUGCAGCUGCUGCUACUUUUCCAUUUCGCUUUGUAUUGGUGUGGGUAUUGAUGUAUGUGUGUGUGUGUGUAAUGAGAUGCACUUUUUUUAGUUCUUAUGUCGAACUAGAAGAUUUUAAUCGGCUGCAUCCAACUGCACAGUUACACGCACAUUUACCACGGGGAAGAGAAGUAAUUGCAUUUACAGUGGGCAUAUGGUAAGCUUGAGUUAUCGAUCUUGUUUUUUGUGGUAGCUCAUUUAGUUUUAAGGACAUAUUUAAAAAAAAAGAAAUCUAUUCGUUGGACAGUCUUCUAUUAAAUAUUUAACGAACUGUGUCCUUAAGCAAAACAUAUUCAUUAAUUAAUUACGAAGAAUUUGAGCGUUACAAACGCGAGAGACGUAUUAAGACAGCUUUUUGUAAAUUCCUUUUGACAAUUCAAACAAGCUGAAACUGAGCCUUACAUCAGUAACUAAAUUUCAAACUAGUUUUAUUAGCUCUUUUUAGUAUAAUGCAUCUUCACAAAAACCAUGGUGAUUUUGUCGCAAAUAAUGAUUAAUAACCACAAAAAAAUAAAGAUAAUUAGAAAAUAAAUAAUAUGUCGUAUCUCGUACCUUAUGACUCAUAAACGAUUUAUUGUGCAUAUUCAACUACAUAAAAAUAAAGUUUUUUUUAAAUAUUUUUUUAAACUAGUUAUUCGUACUAAAGAAUUCAUUUUAAUAGUUUUAUUACCUAUGGAAUAAUGUAUAAUAUAACUAAUGAUAAAUUUGUUAACAUACAAGAUUUUGGCUAACUUAUUUGUGUUUCGUAAGGUCUGAAACCCCAAAAAGAAGUAAUUGCAAUAGAGUAUAAAUGAUUUUAUAAUGUCAUCUUUUAUUUUUAGUAAGAUAUAAUAUGUAAAACAAUGUCGAAUCAAUAAUUUAGUGGAAUAUUUGGAAUAACCCAUUUGCUUUUUGGUUUUAUUCUUGCUUACUAGUAUAGAAAACCGGGAAAAUAGUUUUCCCAUCGUAUCGUACACCCAUCGUAUCAUGCAUUCUUUCCACGAUAUCAAUUUCGAAGCUUAUAUUUAAAAUUCUAAAUUUGACAUU